GUUUUGAGUGGACUGAUCUGUCCAGUUGUCGACGGUGAGGCGGUACUGAUCGGGAUCCUAAAAAAAAAGAAGUCGCUCUUUGUCAGAUUUGUUUUAUUAUUUCCUAGCGUUUAGGUCAUUAAAUUCUGUCUAAAACUAUGGCUUCUUCGGACGUUGCUCGGCAGCCGAAUAAAGGAGCGAGGCCCCUGUCUCUAGCCGGCCACGUGGGCUUUGACAGCCUCCCAGAUCAGCUGGUCAACAAAUCCAUCUGCCAGGGCUUCUGCUUCAACAUCCUCUGCAUCGGUGAGACCGGUAUUGGGAAGUCCACACUAAUGGACACUCUAUUUAAUACCAACUUCGAGAACUUCGAGUCGUCCCACUUUGAGCCUCAGGUGAAGCUGCGGGCUCAAACCUACGACCUGCAGGAGAGUAACGUCAGACUACGUCUCACCGUGGUCAACACCGUGGGCUUCGGAGACCAGAUGAACAAACAAGAGAGCUAUCAGCCGGUGGUGGACUACAUCGACAGACAGUUUGAGAGUUAUCUGCAGGAGGAGUUAAAAAUCAAGCGCUCUCUUCACAACUACCACGACUCACGCGUCCAUGCCUGCCUUUACUUCAUCUCACCCUCCGGACACUCUCUGAAAUCCCUGGACCUGGUCACCAUGAAGAAACUGGACAGCAAGGUGAACAUCAUCCCGGUGAUCGCCAAAGCCGACACCAUCAGCAAGAGCGAGCUGCACAAGUUCAAGAUCAAAAUCAUGAGUGAGCUGGUCAGCAACGGUGUCCAGAUCUACCAGUUCCCCCUGGACGAUGAGACGGUGGCUAAAGUCAACACGACUAUGAACGGUCAUUUGCCUUUCGCUGUGGUAGGCAGCACAGAGGAGGUCUCCGUUGGGAAUAAGAUGGUGAAAGCUCGCCAGUACCCGUGGGGUGUAGUGCAAGUGGAGAACGAGAACCACUGCGACUUCGUGAAGCUGAGGGAGAUGCUGAUCUGCGUGAACAUGGAGGACCUCAGGGAGCAGACGCACACGCGCCACUACGAGCUGUACCGGCGCUGCAAGCUGGAGGAAAUGGGCUUCAAAGACACGGACCCGGAGUGCAAACCCGUCAGUUUGCAGCAGACGUACGAGGCCAAGCGCCAGGAGUUCCUGGUGGAGCUGCAGAGGAGGGAGGACGAGAUGAGGCAGAUGUUCGUGCAGAGGGUGAAGGAGAAGGAAGCGGAGCUGAAGGAGGCCGAGAGAGAUCUGCAAGGCCGCUUCGAGCAGCUCAAGCGCCUCCACGCGGACGAGAAAGCGGCUCUGGAGGAGAAGAAGCGGCUCCUGGACGACGACCAGAGCUCCUUCAGCAAGAGGCGGGCCGCCGCUCAGCUCCUCCAGGCCCAGAGCCUCACCGCCAACGGCAAGAAGGACAAGGACCGCAAGAACUCCGGCUUCAUGUGAAGACCCUCGGACCCGAAGUGCGCUCCGUCGCGACCAGUUUGACCAGUGACAUUCUACCCACAUCCUUUUCCAGCCUUUCGUGGCCAGUCUCAAACACUAACGAGGAAAACCCCCACACAAACCAGCAGCGUGUGUGUCUGUGUGUGUGUGUGUGAGAGAGAGAAAGAGACGGCGUGAGUUUGUUUUUGUGCCAAAGUUUAUUUACUGUACCCGAGAAUCCUGUGUACACUUUCCUCAACGGUAUUAUCUCCUCUGUAGGUUUUAUACCUGUUUGCGUUAUGAUUUAUUUAUCCUUUCCUUUUUAUAUAAACCUCUCUACCUUCCUUAUUAGCUUUUGCCAGACCGAGGGAGGCCUCAGUGUAUUGAUGCUCACGCAGCCUCCCCCUCUAGAAGCUGUUGACAGAUCAAGGAGCUCAGAUUGGUACAAACAUCACUGUGUAAGGGACUUCUUCUCUAAUCUCGUAUUCGUACGCCGUGUGUUUAGUGUACGAUAAGAGCGCUGUCGGUGUUUCAAUGCACCAAACAUCAUGUUAUUCUUCCUUAAGCCCGUCAGAGCUCACGCUGGGAUCGAAUGCGGAAUUCAAUUCUUCUGAGCUUUUUUUUAUUUUGCUUAUAAUAGAACAAAAGGUGCCAAAAAAGCAAAAGAGCAAUCAAGCACAAAUUGUAAGAGAGGUCAGUCUCGUGUCACUAAUAAUGUCAUUGUUCUCGUUGUUGUGGAAGCACAAUCGAAUAAAGAGAAAUGUGGCCUUCAGGGCUGUAUGUAAACCGAGCUGCCGCCUCAAAAGAAAUGAAGCACCCUAAACUGCAGUUCGUCAAACGGCCACUAGAGGAUCCUUGUCAACCUCCAUGUUAAAAAGCCUAACGUCACAGUCUUGGUACUAAGCAGCUACUUUUAUCUACAUGGGGUGUUUUUCUUUACGCUUUUACAAAUAUUAAGCCUUAAAAUGAUGCAUUCACUGAGGGUGCGGCCGCUCUGAGUGACAGGUGGGUACCUUCGCCCUCACCUGUCGCUCACCUGCUUCUUUAUAUACAGGCGGUGAAGUCAUUCAAGUGUUGGAGGUCUUUGUGUAACACUUGCGAUAUGUUUUAAAUGUUUAAAAGAUGUGCAGCUGUCUCUGGGAUGAGUUGUGAAGCUCUUGUGCCUUCAUCAUGAGCACGGUAACAGGGCAUUAUAGUUCCUCACACCUUCGCCUCCUCGGUGCCAUAGAAACCUUUAACACCGACACACCAGCGUUACACAAACAGCCCGCAGGAGCCACACACACAGACCAGGGGAAGAGCCUGUCCUCAAAGUGCAUUUGUAGCUUUCUGGUGAUUAUGUAUAUGUUACAACAUAUUUAGACAUAAAUUUUCAUUUUUACUCGCUCCCGUAUUUUGUUACUAUUGUCACAAACAGUUUACGUCUGCUGGGGGGGGAGGGAGGGGGCACCUGACAUAUUUUUUUUUAUUCUCUCCGUACUGUAAAUGUCUAAAGUCAACCACAACACUCUGGUGAAGUGUACACGCCAACUUUUACUUAACAGUUACUGACACUUUGUAUUUACACUAGUGCUUAAAGACGUUUGUGCCUUAUUAGAAGAAAUACAGUAUCCAGGGAAACACACAGAUGCCUGCUCAUCUAAGACACACUUGUAUUUAAAGAAUAAACAGUAUUAUUCUUUUUGUCCUUCCCUCCUUUCUAAAUAAAUCUUUGUAUUUUUGCCAUGAUA